AUGUCAGAACGUCCCGAACGCGUAGUGGCUGGUCUUUACAUCUUCCCAGAUGCAUUCUCGGGCACGCCUUUAGCUAGCCUCCAGUCUCUGAAGGAUCAUAUCACCUCGUGCGACGUCGGGCUCGCUCCAGAUGGGAGCAUUCACCCUAAAGACCUCGAAGAUAUCCUCGGAAGGUCUGGUGGUCACAACCUAACAAAUAUAUACGAUCGGUCGCCCGUCGUCGACGAUUGGUAUUACGCCCUGUACGCCUUACCCUCUUCGAGCCCCGCCGAAACUCGGACCACAUACGAACGGACGCCCAACCCUGUCGUGGACGCUGUCAUGCCGAGGGGCUCUUCGCGUGUAGAGGGUCCCGUUUUGGUUGUGUUGGACGGGCCAGCUGGGGGGGCAUGGGACGUACGGGAGACAAUCGAAGAAGAUAGGUUCGCUCGUACGGUGUGGUGGUACUUCAAGUCAGGCAAUGAUUUCUACGCCUCACUUGUCCAUGUGUGCCGUUACCUUGACCAUCGAGAUAUCGCAACCCUUCUCAAGGUGUCCUCGGCCAUCCACAUCCCCGUCGGUGUCGCCAUUGCCCAACGAAUCAACCGACUUCUCCGGGUCUGGAUAACCCCACUCGCGUUGUUUUGGGCGUGUCUCGAUGCCUGUGGCGGCGUCAUCGCAGGAUCCUUCGUUCUUCGCUUGCUGGACAAUUCAGACGAUUCAUGGCCCCCUGGCUCUCUCGAUAUCUACCUCUCAGACCAGGGUCCUGGUGUUCAUCGCAUGAUCGCAUUCUUUCACCGCUUCACCCCAUUUGACAAAUGGAUGACGACCGAUUUUCCUCACGUCCCUCGCCCUCUCACCGUGACAUACCCCCCCUGGGGAGAGGAGCUUGCCGUAGCUGGUUACGACGAAAGUAAGAGCGAAGAUGGCCGGAAAAUUCGUAUUUUCCGGGUCAGGUCCGAAGAGCCACUCGACGCCAUUCCGUAUACAUUCAGCACGACCCACGUCAACUUCCUUACGACCAAAAUCCUGGUGUGCGCGUAUCCGCGAGCGACUCUGCAUCAGCGUGGUUUCGUACCGCCGCAACAGUGGAAAAACAUGGACCAUUGGAUCCUGUCUUCGUUUGCUGGCCGUGGAUAUCGUAUUAGAGAAUUCGCGCCGAGCCGCUCUUCAGAUGGGGAGGUGAGGGAUGACGAAUUUCAAUACGACCCCCGUACCCCUCGUUCCUUAGGGGAUCCAGACUGUCUCCGUUUCCCGGUCGAGCGUGGCGCUCUCGGAGCCAUACCGUUCCCGAUCCCGAUCUAUCCGUCGAUUGAGCUGGCGAGGUCCAUCUCUUGGAAAUAUGACCUUCCUUCAAUGGUCCCUGCAUAUAUGGUCCGCGGGCGAGGUGACGAGUCUAAGCGCGACACAUCGGGUCGUGACACCAACGUCGUCCCCACUGGCGUGGACGCCACUCGCCGGUGGUUAUCCGUUUUGACCGACUAUACGCCGCUCCGCCCUUUAAUGCGCCCAUUUCGUGUGGUAUACGCGGAACGAUUGAAGUCUUGCCACGAAGAUCUCGUGAAGGUACGCAUCCAAGGUAUCGUAGCAGAUCACCGUCUCGACUCCACCAAAGCCGCAUCCGAAUGCCCUUGGGGACUUUCUCUUGAGGAGACCAAUUGGAUGACACUUGUUAGUGGCUACAGUACCUUCGAGGACCCCUUCAUGUCACAAGUGGCUGCGCUCCAGCGAUUAACCGACGCCGUUCUGCAUCAUCUCCAUUUGCCUCUGACUUCGGCGCCGCUUUCCCCUAUUUUGGUGUUGCGUAGGUCAGCCGAUUUGUUUCCUCUCCGCACCUACCGCACGAGCGUGAACGGGUUUCGUCGUCGCGAACCCUGGCUGCCCAUAAGGCCGGGAGAUCUCGUGGAAGCGACGGUCUAUCUCGACGUCGUAGUUGAUCCUGGACAAGGCCCUUCUGCACGCGUGUCCGUCUUCCCGGCCUUUGACGAAGUUGCUCUUGUGAAGACCGCCACUGAAAUGCUCGGGAUCACAUUUACCCCCCCUAUGCUCGCACACGCACAAGUUCCCUCGAGGUUUUGUGAAUGCAUGUGUCCCGGCUUCCAUAUGCAUCGGCCUAGCGACUCCCGGGACUCGACGGAUCUCGACGUCGCGGAUGAUUGUUCCUGGUCUGAUGACGUUGCUGCUCCUUCAUACCAAUCAUCCAGUUUAGAACCCUGA